CGACUUCAAGCCCUUGUUAGAUAAAAAGGCUGCUAGAAUCAGUAACCAAAUGAGGCUGCUUUUCUUUAUUUGUCUGUCAGUUUUAUAGUUGCUCCUUUAAACUUACAGUGGCUUGAUUCGUCUACAAGCAUAUAGGUGCUGGUUUGAGUUCAAGGAGGGAGUCUGCUAAUUCUCCUCUCAUGAGCUGGCAGCCUCCAUGCCGUCUGGUUUGCUUAAGUCAAAUGUCAAUGCCCCUUUUCUUCAACCUAGUUUGUCAAACUGGUGCUUUAGUUAGGGACUCAAUAGGUUGUAUGUGAAUGCUGCUUUGGGAAAGCAAACCCAGCCGAUUUAUCUGUUCAGUGAAAAAACCACUCCUGCUUCCUUUUGAACCCUCUGCUUAACCUUUGCCAUAAUUGCCCAGCCAUAUUCUUCUUCUAUGGGUUUUACUUAAUUGGUAGACAAAUGCAUUUUAACUGUUGCACUAUUUUCACAAUCUAUUGUUUUGUACCUUUUAAGUCUCUUGUUUUUCUACCAGCUCCAAAUUUUUUUUUUCCUUCCUCUUUUCUCUUUUGACCGUAUUUCUCUUUACCAAGGAAAUUUGUUGUGUUGAAAUCUGUAUAAUAAUCAAUUUCAAAGUUGUAUUUAUUUAUUAUUAUUAUUUCACAAAUCUAUGUCUAAUAUUGAAAUUCGAAGGAAGCCGGUCAAUUUUGUCUUAUCCAUGUCGAUCAAGGAAACUUACCCCGACCAAUCAAUACAACCAAAAUGGCAUUGAAGCGGUCUCAGUACAAAGAAAAAUAAUAUGGACAAAUAAGUCAUCCACCUUAUCAGUCCAACCUUUGACCAAAGAAAACAAAACCAUUAGUCUCUGCUUGACUUAGUGCUUAGCUUAUACUGGAAUCAAUCUAGCUUGACUUUAAGAGCCAAAUAAUCAUUAACAAUUGAAAACAAUAGGUAGGAUAAAGCUAUGAGCAUGGUAUAAUAUUUCUGCAAUCAACUUCCAGACCAUUCGCUAAAUACAGAUCCUUUGCUCAUUCCCAAUUCUGAUACACAUUGCAGAUCAUCUCCUGAGCCGAUCAUAAUCAUGUUAUCCACAACCCUAAGUAACAGGCCCAUGAGCUCUGUCUUGGUUGGAUUACUAUGCCUGGUCACUACCUCUGCUAUUUGUUGUCUAUGUAGUGGGAUCAGUCCCAACACUAGGUGCAUAGCGAGUGAAAAAACUGCACUUCUUCGGUUCAAGCAGGGACUCCUAGACGAGUCAAAUGUUCUUGCCUCUUGGGAAAACCAGAAAGACUGUUGCGAGUGGAGAGGAAUAGCAUGCAACAACCAAACAGGACAUCUGAUCAUGCUCGAUCUGUACUAUAAUUCUUCUGAUGUUUACAAUGUUGAAACUCCCUUAAGAGGUGUGAUUGCUCCUUCACUACUUGAAUUGCAAUAUCUAAGUUACUUGGACCUCAGUAACAAUUACUUUGAAGGAAUGAUUCCCAAUUUUAUUGGUUCUUUGAGUCAGUUGAAAGUACUCAAACUUGCAGGUGCUAGUUUCACUGGACCUAUUCCUCCCCAACUUGGGAAUCUCUCUAAGUUGCAUACUCUUGAUCUCGCAUGGAAUGUUGUAACUUUUGAAAAUCUCGAGUGGUUAACUCAUCUUUAUUCCUUGAGAUGCCUGAACAUGUCAGGUCUAAAUUUUUCUGAGUCUGUAAAUUGGCCAGAGUCUAUAAGCAAGCUGCCAUCACUGGUAGAGCUUCAGUUAUCUUCAUGUAAUCUUCCUAAUGUUGAUUUGAGAUCACUUUCCUCUAUUAAUUCUUCCACCACUCUUGAAGUCCUUGAGCUCUCUGAUAAUCUUCUCAACUCUUCAAUUUUUUAUUGGAUAGCCAAUGUCAGCACCAAGUUUGUCCAUAUUGGACUGAUGGGAGAUCAAUUACAAGGUCCAAUCCCAGAUGUUUUCGCAAAAAUGGUUUCUCUAGUAUCUCUUGAUCUCUCUUAUAACCAUCUAGAAGGUGGGAUCCCAAAAUCCUUUCAAAACAUUUGCAGCUUAGAAUCAUUGAAUUUAUGGGAAAAUAAAUUGUCUGACAGACUUGAAAACUCUGUCAAAAACUUGGCUUGUUCUGAAAGUACCCUUAAGUCAUUGUUCUUAAGUGGGAAUCCAUUUUGGGGGUCCUUUCCUGCUGAACUUACACAAUUUGUAUCCUUGACAGAAUUAUACAUUGAUGGUACCAAUAUGAGUGGAUUGCUCCCGAAAGGUUUACAGCAACUUUCCCAGCUAAGAUCCUUGAGCUUAGUUUUUAACCAGUUCAGCGGUUCAUUGCCAGAUUUUACUGGUCUUCCAUCACUAAGGUUGUUAUUUCUUUCCAACAAUCAAUUCAACGGAUCUAUACCUGAGAGUAUGGGGCUUCUUUCCAGCCUCGAAUAUUUGACUGUUUCUUGGAAUUCUUUGACUGGUGCCCUCACUGAAGCUCACUUUUCAAACCUGUCUCGUUUAAGGUCUUUGUCUAUAGAUCACAAUCCUUUGUCUUUCAACUUGAGCUUCAAUUGGAAUCCACCUUUUCAACUAGAAACUUUAGAUGUGUCUUCUUGCAAGAUAGGUCCAGCUUUUCCCAGGUGGAUUCAAAAGCAGAGAGAACUCACUUCUCUUUUUAUGUCCAAUGCAAGUAUUUCAGAUUCAGUACCUAAUGAGUUUUGGGAUCUAUCUUCCAGCUUAUUUGAAUUAAAUCUCUCCAUGAACCAAAUCCAUGGGAAGUUACCUGAUCUAUCAACAAAAAAUUGCUCCUACUUUACAUUUGACUUGUCAUCUAAUCACUUGUUUGGUCAACUCCCCCCAUUCCCUCCAAAUGUCGGCAUCCUGCAUCUCUCCAAAAACAUGUUUUCAGGACCCUUAUCUUCCUUUUGUCCAACAGAAGCUCAGAAGUUGUCGAAUCUUGACCUUUCUGACAACUUACUAUCAGGGGAACUUCCUAGUUGUUGGAUCAAGUAUCAGGAAUUGCUGUCGUUGAAUUUGGGAAACAAUACUUUCUCUGGAAAUAUUCCAAGCACAGUAGGCUACUUAAAGAAUCUUGUAUUGUUACGCUUACAGGAUAACAAGCUCUCAGGAGAUUUGCCUUCUCUAGAGAACUGUACUGAGCUGAGGGUUGUUGACCUUGGAACCAAUAGAUUAUCUGGAAGAAUACCAGCAUGGAUAGGCCAAACCCUGACCAAGUUGUUGGUUCUGCGCUUACAUUUUAAUGAGUUCUAUGGAAGCUUACCCUUAAGUCUCUGUGGUCUAUCUGUUAUUCAUGUUCUGGACCUGUCUCAGAACAACAUAUCUGGAGCAUUGCCACAUUGCCUCAAUAACAUUACAGCUUACACUUCUAUGUCUUCUCAGUUGGAGGAUCUCACAAUUCUUGGGUUUGUGCAACUGGUCUGGAAAGGAAUAAAUAUUCAGUGGGGCGAAAAUCUCAAGCACUUGAGAAGCAUUGACAUUUCGAGUAAUUACUUAAGUGGGGAUAUUCCGGAAACUAUGACAAGUAUGAUGAGGUUGAUUUCUCUGAACCUGUCAAGAAAUAAUUUGACUGGAGUGCUUCCCAGUGAUUUUGGACAGCUCAAGAACUUAGAAUCUCUUGAUUUAUCACGAAACCAGCUAUCUGGUAACAUUCCUGCAAGCCUUUCGCGCUUAAACUUUCUUAGUGUCUUGAACCUUUCAUACAACAACUUGUCAGGAAGAAUUCCACUAGGUACUCAACUUCAGAGUUUUAAUGCCUCUGCAUACAUGGACAACCUUGGACUUUGCGGACCACCGCUAACUCCACUGUGUCCUGGAGAUGCAACAAAUCAAGAUUCUCCACCCACUAGUGGAGCUGAAGGGGAUAAAACAGAACAAGACGAAGAUGGUCUAAUAACGUUGGGGUUCUAUGUUAGCUCAGUGCUUGGAUUCAUCAUAGGAUUCUGGGGAUUCUGUGCCCCUUUGUUGCUUAAGAUUUCUUGGAGAAUUGCCUACUUCCAGUACUUGAAUGAUAUUAAAAUUUGGAACUGCCAUGUAUGAGGCGAGCUUACGGAGAAGAUUUCAAUAAUCAAUGAUACUGCUGGCGUAUUUGAUAUUGUGGUGUGUUUGGUUGCUCAAGCUGUGGUGACUUGCUUUUCCUUUCUACCUUAAGUGUAAUGCCUAAACUUAUUUUUAUUGUUUCAAGUAGGAAAACAAAAUAUCA